AUGGACGUGAACGUGGACGUGGACGUGGACAUGGACGUGGACGUGGACGUGGACGUGGACGUGGACGUGGACGUGGAGGUGGACGUGGACGUGGAGGUGGACGUGGAGUGGACGUGGACGUGGACGUGGACGUGGACGUGGACAUGGACGUGGACGUGGACGUGGACGUGGACGUGGACGUGGACGUGGACGUGGACAUGGACGUGGACGUGGACGUGGACGUGGACAUGGACGUGGACGUGGACGUGGACGUGGAGGACAUGGACGUGGACACGUGCACAUGGACGUGGACGUGGAGUGGACGUGGACGUAGACGUUGACGUGGACGUGGACGUGGACAUGGACGUGGACGUGGACGUGACGUGGACGUGGACGUGGACGUGGACGUGGACAUGGAGGUGGAGGUGGACGUGGACGUGGACAUGGAGGUGGACGUGGACGUGGACGUGGACAUGGACGUGGACAUGGACGUGGACGUGGACGUGGACAUGGAUGUGGACAUGGACGUGGACGUGGUCGUGGACGUGGAGUGGACGUGGAGUGGACGUGGACGUGGACAUGGACGUGGACGUGGACGUAGACGUGGACGUGGACGUGGACGUGGACGUAGACGUGGAGGACGUGGACGUGGACGUGGACGUGGACGUGGAGAACUUGGAUGUGGACAUGGACGUGAACGUGGACGUGGACGUGGACGUGGAGGACUUGGACGUGGACAUGGACGUGGACGUGGACGUGGACAUGGACGUGGACGUGGACGUGGACGUGGACGUGGACGUGGACAUGGACAUGGACGUGGACAUGGACGUGGACGUGGACGUGGACGUGGACAUGGACGUGGACGUGGACAUGGUCGUGGACGUGGACGUGGACGUGGACGUGGACAUGGACGUGGACGUGAACAAGACGUGGACGUGA